CAUAGACUAAUUUGCUUAUAUAAAUAGAGGCAUUCAGUCACUGCAGAAAAUGCAUAAUAUCCAGAUUCACAGUAGUACUUCUACCAAAAGUUUCAAAAGAAUCAUCAAAUAUGGCUAGUCUUUCUUUGGAGGAAACAGUUGAAGGAGGGAAGAGGUUGAUUAACACUAGUGGGAACGAAGAUAACUUGGAAAAUGAUCAGGAGAAGUACUCUGCAAAACUUGAGAAACUGACAGCGGAAUUACCAUUGGCAGAUCUGAUUCCUUCCAGUUCCAGCUUUGACCCAGUUCAAGCCAUUAUAGAAGGGUUUAAAUACUUCAAGCAGAAUGAAUUUGACCCGAACAGACCUUUUUACGACGAACUUGCCAAAGGCCAGGAACCCAAGUUUUUGGUAUUCGCAUGCUCAGACUCUCGAGUGUCCCCCUCUAUUAUCUUGAACUUCAAGCCUGGGGAAGCCUUCAUGGUCCGCAACAUUGCUAACAUGGUUCCUGUGUUUGAUCAGCUAAAACACUCUGGAACUGGCGCUGCCAUUGAAUAUGCGAUAUCGGUUCUUAAGAUACCAAAUAUCCUUGUCAUUGGGCAUAGUAGAUGCGGUGGGAUAGAAAGGCUUAUGUCCUUUCCCGAGGAUGGUUCUGUUCCUUUUGAUUUCAUCGACGACUGGGUCAAAAUUGGUUUACCUGCCAAGUUGAAGGUCAAGGCAAUUUGGGGCAAUUGUUCAUUAUCCGAACAAUGCAAACAGUGUGAAAAGGAGUCAGUGAAGUUGUCCCUGACUAACUUAUUGACAUACCCAUAUGUCCGAAAGGCGAUUGCAAAGAAUGCACUCAAGUUGAUGGGUGGAUACUAUGAUUUUGUUCAUGGAACAUUUGAGGUUGUGCUGUUCGAGAGUCACUUUUCACCUCCCAUCCCAGCCAUCUGAGUGAUCUCCAAGUUCUUAGUCAUGUUAUCUCUUAUUGGCGCAAUAUUAUCCACUAAAUAGUUAAUUAGCAGAGGCAGGACCCGUUUGCAAACAAUAAACUGCAUGCAUUUUCUUUCUCUAAGCUUUAAGAUGAUGAUGAUGAUGAUGAUGAUGAUGAUCUGAUUGUUUCAGACAUGCUUUUCAAAUUCCCAUAUUCUCCCAU